AUGGGCUCCACUGCUGUUGAAUUCAAGAACCCUGCGACCUCCACUCUCCUGGAGGUUGUCAAGGCCCGUCGGACUUAUUAUGGCCUGAAGGCGGAGAGUCCCAUUUCCGAUGAUGUCAUUGAGCGCAUCGUUCAGGACUCCGUGCUCCACGUCCCCAGCUCUUUCAACACCCAGACUUCUCGGAUUGUCCUGCUCCUGAAGGAGGAGCACAAGAAGGUAUGGGACAUUGCUAUCAGUGCCAUGGAGGGUCUGGUUGCAGCUGGACACGUGCCCAAGGAGAUGUUUGAGAAUCAUACCAAGCCCAAGCUGGAUGCCUUCCGCGCCGCUUACGGAACUGUUCUCUUCUUCGUCGAUUACGAGUCUCUUGCUCCCAUCAAGGAGAAGUUUGCCAUCUACGCCGACAAGUUCGAUCCCUUUGCCCUGGAGUCUAACGCCAUGUCCCAGUACCUUGUCUGGCUCGCUCUUGAGGCUGAGGGCUUCGGCGCUAACCUCCAGCACUACAGCCCCUUGAUUGACGAGCAGGUCACCAAGACCUGGAACCUGCCCGCCUCUUGGAAGUUGGACGCCCAGCUGGUCUUCGGUGUCCCUACUUCCGAGCCUGGCGAGAAGACCUUCGAGCCCCUCGAGAACCGCUUCAAGGUUUUCGGCAAAUAA